UUUUCCCUCAAAAUUGCGGUUCUGCCAUCUCAAUCAACUUUCUUUGUUGGUCUUUGUUCCAGUAAACCUCACUAGGGUUUCUCAGUGAAGAGUUAACCCUAAUUCCCCAAUUCCAAUGGCGGAUGACCGGGACGAGCUCAGCGAUUACACAUCGGAAGACGAAGGCACCGAGGAUUACAAGAAGGGAGGCUACCACGCCGUCUCUAUUGGGGACUCCUUCAAGAAUGGCUGCUAUGUGGUUCAGAGCAAGCUCGGGUGGGGCCACUUCUCCACCGUCUGGCUUGCGUGGGACACAAAGAGCUCGCGUUAUGUAGCUUUGAAGAUUCAAAAGAGUUCUCGUUAUUACACUGAAGCUGCGAUGGACGAAAUAAAGAUUCUCAAACAGAUUGCCGAGGGAGACCCUGGCAAUAAGAAGUGUGUUGUGAAGCUUUUGGAUCACUUCAAGCAUUCAGGCCCAAAUGGACAGCACGUCUGUUUGGUUUUUGAGUACCUGGGGGAUAACCUCCUGACCCUUAUUAAGUAUAAUGACUACCGAGGGGCUCCGCUGCACAUGGUCAAAGAAAUUUGUUUUCAUAUAUUAGUGGGUUUGGAUUAUUUGCAUAGUCAACUUUCAAUAAUACACACUGAUCUAAAGCCAGAGAAUGUUUUGCUUUCGUCAAUGAUUGAUCCAUCUAAAGAUCCUAGGAAAUCAGGUGCUCCUCUCAUCCUUCCAACCAGCAAAGAUAAAACUGUGCCCGUCUCUGGGGCUUCUAAAGACAUUAAGAAGUUAAACGGAGAUCUCACCAAAAACCAGAAAAAGAAGAUCCGUAAAAAGGCUAAGAAGGCAACUCAAGGUUGUGAAGGAAGGGAAAUUUCGAAGGAUAUGGAGGCAGAUUCCACUACAGUUGAUGCGGAAGAUUCUAUUAAUGAAGUACAAUCAAAUGGGGUUUCUGUUCAAGAACAAGUGAAGGAUUCUGGGGUUAGUAAUGAAUCAGUAAAGGGUGAAGAAAAGGAAGAAACUCAAGAAGCACAAGCAAGCCGUUCUGCAAGGCAGAAGUUAUUCACAGAAGCUGACCUUAAAUGCAAAUUGGUUGAUUUUGGAAAUGCUUGUUGGACGUAUAAGCAGUUUACUAGUGAUAUUCAGACAAGGCAGUACAGAUGUCCAGAAGUUAUUCUUGGAGCGAAAUACUCAACUCCAGCAGAUUUAUGGUCCUUUGCUUGUGUUUGUUUUGAGCUAGCCACUGGUGACGUUCUUUUUGAUCCACACAGCGGUGACAAUUAUGAUCGGGAUGAGGAUCACCUGGCACUGAUGAUGGAACUUCUUGGAACAAUUCCCCGUAAGACUGCAUUAGGUGGCAAGUAUUCCCGGGACUUCUUUAACCGGUAUGGGGAUUUGAAGCAUAUUCGACGUUUGCGUUUCUGGCCUCUUAAUAAGGUGCUAACGGAGAAGUACGCAUUCAGCGAGCAAGAUGCAAAUGACAUGGCAGAGUUUCUGGUUCCCAUACUUGAUUUUGUGCCUGAAAAGAGGCCAACAGCUGCACAAUGCCUCAGUCAUUCUUGGUUCAGUGCAGGUCCUCGACUCCUUGAGCCUUCCGUGGCUGGUGUGCAACCUCAGGCGUCCAACGGGAGUAUUUCUGAGAAGGUGGAGAAGGAUGGGAGGGAAGCAAUGGAGGUGGGAAUGGGGAAUAUAGCCAUUGAUGAAUCUUCAAAACCUGUUAAAGAAUCCCAAAGUGCACUAAAUUCAUCACAACAGGCAUGACCAGUUGGUUCAGGUGUUUUUCUUUUCCAUGUUUUAUGCAAUUUUAGGGGUGUGCUAUCCACACAUCCCAUUUUACUUCUUACACACCCCUUGUUAAUUUCUAUCCGUUGAUUUUCUUCAAUUCAUCCGAUUCGACGGCCGAAAAUUAGAAGGGUGUGUGAAAAGUAAAAUGGAGUGUGUGAAUAUCACACCCCUUUGUUUUGUUCUUUUACCGUAGAGCUGUGUUUUUCUCUUCUUCCUUUUCCUUCUUUCCUUUUUUGUCCAAUGCAUUGAGCUUUUGUUGGUUUUCCAUAUUCAUUUGUUAAUCCAUUUCGAGUUUCGGGGAUGCGGCUUUGAUUAGUGCUUACCAGUAGUCUGCUCUAGUAUCUUUCUCAAUCGUGCUCAAAUUUCUAAGUACAUCUCUGAAGCACAUUUUGUCUUUGAUUACAAACAUUCUUAUCAAAUAUUUCGUUAUUUCCAAUUUGACGGUUCUAUGGAAGGGUCGAUGUAUCAAACUUUCA